AUGCUGUCUAUGUUUAUGAAAAACAGUUCAUUGCAAUCGGUUGUUUGUGAAAAGUUUAAGCACUAAAUUAUUAGAAUCUUCGCAUAUCCUUGCUAUGUACCAGAAUAGUAAACCAAGUGUAAAGUUUGAAGAACAUUAAAUACCAUUUUUGGAUGGAACAAGAACAACUGUACACGGAUAUGUACUUGAAUCCAAAACCUCAACGAAAGUGUUUCACCCGUAAGAAACGACAAACGACCGACGAGCAACGGCCAACAGUGAAUUCCUACUCAAACGGAACAACACAAACUACCGCAGCCAAACGUGAACGACUAUCCUGAUCGUUUGAACCAAUAUUCUUCGACCACAGCAAUCAAUCGGCUCCAUAAUGGCCAAUUCAACGGACAUGAAAAACACACAAAUUGCAUUGGAAAAUGUCGAAUCGUUUCUGUUACAAUUUGCGUCUCAUUCGCCAAAGCUAUUAGACGAAAUGCGUUCGGCUGGCACAAUCUUGAAGCAGACGAAUAUACGUAGCUUUAAUUCACUAAGCUCGGAUACAUGUGACCUUCCGUCCACUAUUGCUAUUGAGCUUCGACAAGCAGCCGAAGCAGCAGAUAGUAAGCAAUUUUUCAUCUGCUCGCAGAAAAUUAAAAACUCGUCGCGUAUUCUGCAAAUGCUAAUGGAGGAAGCGAAACGUACACGUCGAAAAAUCGAUUCGCUAUCGGCACUCAAUAUAACAACGCUGGAACGCCAAUCGUUGCAGCGGCAUUGUAUACAUCUGGAGCAAGCACUUAGCGUAUUGUAUGCCUUAAAUCUGGACUUGCACGAAGUGCAGCUGACUGCCAACGCACUCUACAUCCACGGACUAAAGGAAGAAACGCUACAGCUGCAGGAAAUGAAUGGAUUGAAGGACGCAAUUGCACGGUUGGUAUCAAUCGUUUCAACGAAGCAUUUUAAGUCAACCUUCAACCCAAUAGUACAGCAAUGAGUCGAAUGUUUUGAGUCGGUUAACAUUACAAAAGGUAUGUUGAAUUUUAUAACAAAAAUUAACGCGUUUUGAAGGAAGAAAAAAUGAAUGCAGUGAAGAUUAAUUUGUAAUAAGCACAGGCAGAAGAGCUUCAAAAUUGUAAAUUAAAUAUAAUUGUACUACAUUGCUUCUCAGCUUAAAGGCUAAGAUGAAAGUGUAAUGAUUCUUUAACUACAUUAAUACAUUUCAAAAAGUA